AUGACCACGACACCACCCCUCGCGACGGGUGCCAACCCUCCGAUUCCCGCCGAACAGCUCGCCGCACUUACAUCGCUGCUGUCGGGUCUCACCGCUGCCGCUUCCGGCACUGCCACACCCGCCACGACGUCCGGCACCACUCGCACUGCCUUUCCAAAGCACGCACGCUUGGAUGGUGCGAAGACCUUCGCGAACUGGACACGCCAACUUCGCCUGUGCCUAGCGGACGACAUCCGCUCGUACGUCCUCGACGGUAUCGCACCCGACGACUGGACACCUUCGCAACGCUCCGCUCGCGACGCCGUCGCUCGUGAGGUCCUUGCGAAUUCGAUUGACUCGGCCGAAGUCUCGGCAGUCCUCGACAAAAUCCCUACCGCCGACCUGACAGCGCCGACAAUCUACUCGACGCUGAAAUCGCGGUACGCCCCUGACGACGCCACCCGCACGCUCGAGCUCUUCUCACGACUCUGGGGUUUCCGUCCCAUGCCCGGCACGGUUGCCGAAUUCGACGGGUGGAUCAUGGACUUCAAAGCCGUUGCGCAAGAGAUCAUCGACACAAAGACAACUAUCAAUGAUGUUCUCGCCACACUCCUCCUUGCAAUCGCCCACCCGUCCCUCGAGAGCUUCAAGGCGUCGUUCACCGAUGAACAGCGCACGCAACGAACUCUCCCCGACAUUGAUUCGCUUGCCGACCGUAUGCGAGUCCAACUUCGGUCAACGAACAUCCCCAGCACUCAAUCGGCCCUUCUUGCCUCGUCGUCGUCACGUUCUACUCGUCUCAAGUGUCUCGCCUGUCGCAGCCCUUCGCACCGAGUCGCGGAGUGCCCUACGAGGGCGCAACACCCGCCGCCAGGACCCUGUCGCUCCUGCAAGAAGAAGGAUCACUGGUCUCUCGACUGCAAGAAGGCGCUCGAGGACGGCAAAAAGCCCGACACCGCUGACUCGACCGUCGACUCGCAACACCAUGUCGGAUGUCUCGCCACCGGUCUUCUCGCUCGUCGUCGCCAGCUUCGCAACCACUCUUUUGUCGUCGACUCGGGCGCCACUUCGCACAUGGUCUCGGACAAGUCGCUGUUCACGACCUAUCGCCAUAUCGCUCCUACGAAGAUUGGUGGUAUUGCAGGGGGCAUCAACGCCAUCGGAACGGGAAACAUCGCCUUCAUUGCCGCCUCGGGUCAUCCGAUCACGCUUACCGGCGUGCUGCACACUCCGGGCCUGUUUGUCAAUCUUCUCUCGGUCUCUCGACUUUGCGACACCGACGAUGUCCGUGUCGCCUUCACAAAACACGGCAUCCACAUUGACAAGGACGGCAACGACAUCGCUGAAGGCGCACGACUCGACGAAGGGCUCUACUUGCUGGACGCUGAUCAUUCCAAAUGUCAGCACCUUGCUCUCCUUUCUCGCUCACAGUCGUCCGUGCCCCUGCUGACUCUCCAUCGCUGCCUCGGCCAUCUCGCACCGUCCUCCAUACAGAAGAUGGUUGCCGCUGGUUUGCUGGAGGGUCUCAGGGCCGGAUAUAGUGACGAAGAGGUAGAGAAGUUUGUCUGCAAUGCUUGCCUCAGCGCAAAGGGCCAUCGUCUUCCCUUUCCCGAUUCGGAUUCGCACUCCUCAGAGAGACUCGGCCUUGUACACAGCGAUGUGCUUUCCUUCCCCGAGCGGUCCUUGACUGGCAAACGUUACCUGGUCACAUUCCUUGACGAUUACUCGCGCAAACUCUGGGCCUACGCAAUCGGACACAAAAGCGAAGUCUUCGGCAUAUUCAAAACUUGGCUAGCCGAGGUUGAACUCGAGACGGGUGCGACGCUGAAGGUCCUCCGAACCGACAACGGUGGCGAAUACUGUUCGAGAGCGUUCACAGAGUUCUGCAAGACACGAGGCACCCGUCGACAAUACUCUAUCCCACGCACGCCUCAACAGAACGGUCGUGCAGAGCGGGUCAAUCGUUCCAUUGUCGAAGGCGUCCUUGCCCUCCUUGUCGACGCCCACCUACCCAAGACAUUCUGGGAGGAGGCUGCAGCUUAUUUCGUUUACUGCAAGAACCUGUGUCAACACGCGGCCCUGGACAAGGCAACACCAAACUCCGUCUGGCAGGGUGACCACACCACUGCCUCGGCGCUUCACCCGUUCGGCUGUACAGCUUGGCUUACGGUCGCGCCCGAACUUCGCUCCAAACUCGACCCGAAGGCGGUUCGCGUUUUUUUCACCGGCUACGACCUGGCUUCAAAAGCCUUUCGCUUCUACGACACUACAACACAGAAGAUUAUACUUGGCAGAAAUGCCACGUUCCUCGACACUGAAUUCCCCGGAUUACAUGGCGACCCCACUGAGCAAGACGGCGACACGCACUUCGCCAGCGCUCCCACCACCGAAUCUCAAACCGUUGUCAAGACAUGGACCCCACUAGUAAGGUCGGCGCACAUGGACGUCUCAUCCCCCCUUGAUGAUUCUGCCAUGAGCGCCGUUGACGUGGCCCCAGGGUACACUGGCGGAACCUUACUUAACUUCACAGAUGCCGAAUCGUCCUCGUCACCGUCGCCUGCGUCGCCCUCAUCACCGUCGUCUGCGCCAUCGCCUGCACUUUCACCAUCGUCGGCUGCGUCAUCGUCACCCUCGGCCUUACCGACCGACUCUGAAGACUCCGCCGAUCCCCUCGACCUCCUCGGCUCACAGCCCCAGGUUCGCCUCGAUCUACAGGACGUGCACCACCCAGACUUCAGCACGUACCGCGAGCCCGCAUCGGCUGAGGAGUCGCCCGACGAACUCGACCUCAUUGGGCGCCACUCUCGCGACGAAUCUCCGGACGAAAUCGAUUUCCUCACCCGACACCACCGCGCCUUCAUCGCCAUCGACGACGACACCUCUGACACAGAGGCAAUUCAGCCAGUCAAGUCCAUCACGAGCGACCCACAGACCUGGCGCGAGGCGAUGUCUAGCGACAAGCGUGAAGUAUGGGCCAAAGCCGCCACCGACGAGUUCACCUCCAUGCGCGACGACUUCAAGGUCUUCACCAUCGAGGACCGAGCCACGGUGCCCGCGGGUGCGACUAUCGUUACAUCCAAGUUCGUCUGGAAAACGAAACGGAACGCACUCGGCGAAGUCACUGGACACAAGGCAAGGCUGGUCGCGCAAGGCAAUCGGCAACGCGACGGCAUCGACUUCAACGAAACGUUCGCACCGGUCGCACGCUUCUCCUCGAUACGCUCACUCCUCGCGCUGGCGGCCGCCAACGGCUUGCACGUGCACCAGGCGGACAUCGACAAAGCAUAUCUGCAUGGCGACCUUGACCACGACAUCUGGAUGACGGCACCGCGCGGCUUCGACCUUCCCAGCGACAAGGUGCUUCGCCUGCGACGCUCCAUCUACGGGCUCAAACAGGCUGGCCGAAUCUGGAAUCGACACAUCGACGCUUCGCUUCGGGCCCUCGGUUACACGGCGACGGGCACCGACCACUGCGUAUACUCUUGGCUCGAUGAUCGUCAAUGUCCACACUACAUCGCACUGUACGUCGACGACCUCCUGAUGAUCAGCCCGGAACUGGCCGAAAUCGAACGUGUCAUCUCAGGCCUGGACCAACGCUACGGAGUCAAGCGCCUCGGCCCGGCCGAGUAUAUCCUCGGCAUCCAGAUCAGGCGGUUCGACGACGGCUCUAUCGCCCUAUCCCAGGAACGGUACAUCAUGGACGUGCUCGCUCGGUUCCACUUCGACACCACGACUCGCGGCACUACAGUUCCGAUGACUCCCGGCCUUUCGCUCACUGCUAUCCCGGGUCAAGGCACCGAACGGAUCAGGUCAUGGUAUCUGCAGGCUAUCGGCUCGCUCCUCUACAUUUCGCUCGGUACCCGCCCUGACAUCGCCUUCGCCGUGUCCUACCUGGCCCGCUUCGCCAACAACCCCGGUCGUCGUCAUUGGAUUGCGGUCAAGCACAUCCUACGCUAUCUCCGGGCCACGUAUCGCAACGAACUCGUGUAUGCUCGCGGCCAGGCUCGCAUCACGGGUGUGGUAGGCUACUCCGACGCGAACUGGGGGGCCUGCAUCGACACAUCGGUGUCCACCAUGGGCUACGUCUUCUACAUCGCUGGCUCGGCCGUGUCCUGGUCGUCCAAACGCCAGUCUCGAGUUGCCGAUUCGACCACCGACGCUGAAUACCUCGCCCUCUCGCAUGCUGGCAAGGAAGGGAUUUACCUCAGUCAGCUGCUCGAAGAGCUCCAUGUACAACCUGUUGCACCGGCUCACAUCUUUACUGACAACGAAGCCGCUGCUGCAGUUGCUCACGAUCCUGUCCGCGUCUCUGGCACUCGGCACAUACGCUUGCGUGAGCACUUCGUUCGGGACAUGGUGAAUCGGGGCGACAUCUCUCUCUCGCAUGUGGGUACCAGCGACAUGGUGGCCGACAUCUUCACCAAGGCUCUCGGCCCAAAGGUCUUCUCAACGCACUGCUACGCCCUCGGCCUUCGCACUCGACACCCGCGGCUUGGGUCUGCCUCGCAUUCGCGUGGGGGGGGUGUGAAGAGUCCACUCUCAGCUCGACAGGGGCGCCUCGGUCGUUGCGCGCACUUGCUAGCCCGCCCCCGGCGGUGGGGACUUAGACGCGCGCGACUGCCUCAGCGCGCCAGCGCCGGCGGAUUCAUGCGCGCGCCCGCUAGCCCGCCCCCUUGCGGUGGGGACUUAG